AAGGGCUACGUGCCUGUGCGGGACACGCAGGACGGCUACAGCUUCCUGUACCCCUUUGGGUGGCAGGAGGUGCAGGUGGAGGGGCAGGACGUGGUGUACAAGGACGUGAUUGAGCCGCUGGAGAGCGUCAGCGUCAGCCUGGUGCCCACCGAGAAGGCAGAGGUGGGGGAGUUUGGGGAUGCCAAGGAGGUGGCCUUCACGCUAGCCGACAAGGUGCUGACGGCGCCCAACCAGGAGAUUGCGCUGAUCAACGUGGGGGAGCGCACCACCAACGGCCGCAAGUACUACGAUUUCGAGUUCACGGCCAAGAGCAGGGGCUUCACGCGCCACGCGCUGGCCUCUGUCACCGUGGGCAACGGCAAGUUCUACACGCUGCUGACGGGCGCCAACGAGCGGCGGUGGGGCCGCAUGAAGGACCAGAUCAAGACGGUGGUCAACUCCUUCGUGGUGGACGACCGC